CGAGCUUCUUCCAGUGUCUAGUGAAGGAUAGAGCUUUUUUUCACAGCACACCUAAAAGUAGUGGAAUAGAGUCCUCCUUUUCUCUCUCUCUCUCUCUCUCCUUGUACCAAUUCUACUCCCACACCCGCUUCUUUCUCAUUCCUUUUCUUUCCUGGUAGAAAAUUGAUGAUAAUGUAAAAUCAGAGAAAAGGGAAAAGCUACUCAAAACUAGGCUCUAAAUCUUUUGAGCAUAACCAAAAAGUUCCACACAAUGGUUUCAUCUAGAGCUCUCUUCUUCUUUCUCAUCAACAUUUCCUUGCUUCUCACCUUCUCUUCAGCCGACGAUCCAUUCGUUUUCUACAACUUUGAGGUCUCUUACAUCACUGCCUCCCCUCUUGGAGUUCCUCAGCAGGUCAUUGCUAUCAACAACAAGUUUCCAGGUCCUACUAUUAAUGUAACCACCAACAACAACGUUGUUGUCAAUGUUCGGAACAAAUUGGACGAGAGCCUCCUCAUUCAUUGGUCUGGGAUUCAGCAGAGGAGGAGUUCGUGGCAGGAUGGUGUUCUUGGCACAAAUUGUCCCAUUCCUCCUAAGUGGAAUUGGACUUACCAGUUUCAGGUCAAAGAUCAAAUUGGAAGCUUUUUCUACUUUCCUUCCCUUCAUCUUCAGAGAGCAGCUGGUGGAUUUGGGAGUUUCAUCAUAAACAACCGCCCCAUUAUUCCUAUUCCUUUUGAUACCCCACAUGGGGACAUUGUUAUUCUUAUUGGAGAUUGGUAUGCGCGCAAUCAUACGGAUUUGAGGAAGGACCUUGAUGCUGGAAAAGAUCUUGGCAUGCCGGAUGGUGUUCUCAUCAACGGGAAAGGCCCUUAUAGAUAUAACGAUACACUUGUUCCUGAUGGCAUUGAUUAUGAAACAAUUGAAGUCCAUCCUGGAAAAACUUACCGGCUUCGUGUACAUAAUGUUGGAGUAUCAACUAGUCUGAAUUUCAGGAUCCAGGGCCAUAACUUACUUCUAGCAGAAACUGAGGGGUCUUACACAGUGCAACAGAACUACACUAGCUUAGAUAUUCAUGUUGGACAAUCUUAUUCUUUUCUGGUAACCAUGGAUCAGAAUGCAAGUACAGAUUAUUACAUGGUAGCAAGUGCCAGGUUUGUGAAUGAAUCACGUUGGCAAAGAGUUACUGGGGUUGGUAUCUUGCACUAUACAAAUUCCAAGGGGAAGGCACGUGGACCACUUCCAGAUGCCCCAGACGAUCAAUAUGACAAAACUUACUCAAUGAACCAAGCAAGAUCCAUCAGAUGGAAUGUAUCAGCAAGUGGUGCUCGUCCUAACCCACAAGGGUCUUUCAGAUAUGGUUCAAUCAACGUGACUGAGAUAUAUGUAUUAAAAAAUAAGCCACCUGAGAAAAUUGAUGGGAAGCGGAGGGCAACACUUAGUGGGAUCUCUUUUGUCAAUCCUCCCACUCCAAUCAGGCUUGCAGACCAGUUCAAAUUAAAGGGAGUAUACAAGCUUGAUUUUCCAACCAAGCCUCUUACUGCCUCACCUCGGGCAGAAACAUCGGUGAUUAAUGGAACUUAUAGAGGAUUUAUGGAAAUUAUACUGCAGAACAAUGAUACUAAGAUGCAUACGUAUCACAUGAGUGGAUAUGCAUUUUUUGUAGUUGGGAUGGAUUAUGGGGAUUGGUCUGACAAUAGCAGGGGCACGUAUAACAAGUGGGAUGGAAUUGCUCGCACAACAACACAGGUUUAUCCUGGAGCAUGGACGGCCAUUUUGGUUUCCCUUGACAACGUUGGAGUUUGGAAUCUCAGAACAGAAAACCUUGAUUCAUGGUAUCUUGGUCAAGAAACAUAUGUCAGGGUUGUCAACCCAGAGGCUACUAACAAGACUGAGCUUCCCAUUCCAGACAAUGCUCUUUUCUGCGGUGCCCUAAGUAAAUUGCAGAAGCCCCAAGUUGUUUCUUCAGCUCCUUCACUAUUCAAAGGGAAUAGGCUGAAGCUGUUCGUCACUUGGCUGUUGAUUGUAUGUGCAUGGAUCCCCAUUUUUCAGUAAGAGCACAUUCUGGGUCAUCAUUUAAUAUUUGCGUUCUGGUGAGGUUUGUGGUUGAGUUGUUAGUUUUGUAAGUCUUGUUUAUAUUAUUGAUCUUGCUGGGAUUUUGACUUGUAUUCUUCCUAUUAGCUUAAUGCUUGUGGUUCCUGGUUUAAUUUAUUGGGACUUGUAAUUCUUUUAAUGCCUAUAAUUGAUGUAGUAAUGACAAUUAAUCACACUCUUGAUACAUGCAACGUUACUU